CUGGUGGCUGACCAGUGGAGCAGUUGGAGAAUGGAGGUUUCACACACAUUGCAGUUUGCACUGGCUGGUUAUACACAUGUGUCAUGGGAACGUUCAACGACUGGCAACUUUGACAGUUUGUUUUUUCCGGCAGAUCGACUGACUGAAAUCUGGGGUUUUGUUUCUGACUCAGUAAUGCAGACAUUUUUGUGAUUUAAAAAAAAAAUGUUCACACUUGGCAGAGGGACGUAUAAGCCGUAUAAUGGCUUAGCAAUGGGGAGUGUGGACCCAGCAUUUAAGCCCAUCGACAAAGACCGGUCUGCCUUUCACAUAUGGCGGAUAGAGAAAAUGCAGGUUGUGGCUGUCCCAAAGGAUUUCUAUGGACAGUUCUACCGGGGUGAUUCCUACAUCAUUCUGUCGGUAACUGCUAUUGGACAAAGUCCAAAAGGAAAAGACAUGCAGAUAAAACGUAUACGGGAUAUGAAAGGAUCGCCAGUGGAAUCUCAUAUUCACUUUUGGCUCGGAUCAGAAACGUCACAGGAUGAGGCUGGUAUUGCAGCCUACAAGUCGGUGGAACUUGACGACUAUCUCGGUGGAUCCCCGGUCCAGCAUCGAGAAACGGAGGGGUUCGAAUCCCCAGUCUUCCUGUCCUACUUCCCUAAAGGAAUCCAAAUAAUGGAAGGGGGUGCCUCCUCUGGGUUCCGUCACGUAGAGAAGGUGUUUAAAGUGAGAAUGCUGCACAUCAAGGGAAAACGUAUUCCACGUAUCAUGGAGGUAAGGGUUCCGAUUAGCUGGGAGAAUAUGAACAGUGGAGAUUGCUUUGUCCUCGAUAUCGGAAACCUCAUGUUCGUCUGGAUUGGGAAAGAAUGUCGCAGAUCAGAGAGACUUAAGGCCAUGGAGGUGAGCCGUCAGUUGAGGGACGAGAGAGGCGGGAAGGCCUCUCUGAUUGUUGUCGAGGACGGAGAGGAAGAGGCCAUGAAGGGAGACGUCAAGAAGGCGUUUGAGCAGCACCUGGCUUUGAAAGACAAAUCGGGGAAGAUCAAGAGUAAAGAACAGGCCGGGGAAGAUGAAAAAAUAGAAACCACUCAAGCAGGGCAGCUUAAACUGUACUCAUGUUCUGAAGAGAGUGGAACACUAAAGAUUUCUGAAGUAAAGAGUGGACCACUGUCUAGGAAAGACCUGACAUCUCAGGAUGCGUUUAUCGUGGACCGCGGCGGAGUGGCUAUCUGGGUGUGGAUCGGUAAGAAGGCGUCGCCUCGCGAGAAGAAAGAAGCAAUGAGAAAUGGACUCGGAUUUAUUAGUAAAAAACAGUACAACAAGAGUACACCGGUCACCCGAGUGAUAGACGGAGGGGAACCAGUCGAUUUCAAAUGUCUGUUUAAAGACUGGCCCCAGCCAACUCCACCUGGAAAAGUUUACACUAACAGCAGAAUAGCUAAGACCGUUCAGACCAAGUUUGAUGCCGCCACUCUCCAUAGCAACCAUGCUUUGGCAGCAGAGACACAGAUGGUAGAUGAUGGAAGUGGUAAGGUGGAGGUGUGGAGAGUUGAUAACUUUGAGCUUCAUGAAGUUCCGAGUGCGCACCAUGGAGAAUUCUUCGGUGGAGACUGUUACGUGAUUCAGUACACCUACAAAGUGAACAAGAGAGAAAACUACAUAGUAUACUUCUGGCUGGGCUUGCAUUCAACAGCUGAUGAGAAGGGGACUGCUGCUCUGAAAGCCGUUGAACUGGAUGAUAAAGUCGGAGGAAGUGCCGUUCAGGUGCGUGUUGUCCAGUACAAAGAGCCGCCCCAUUUCAUGUCUAUGUUUGGAGGAAUGAUGGUCAUCUUUGAGGGCGGUAAAGCUGGCUGGGCAGGGGGAGAUGAGAAGAACGGCCCUGGGGACAGGUACAUGUUGCACGUGCGGGGAACGACAAAGCUCAACACGAAGGCGGUUCAAGUCCCGAUGAGGGCAUCGUCUCUCAAUUCCAAUGACGUCUUCGUCAUAUUCACAAAGUCAUCUGUCUUCUUGUGGGCAGGCAAGGGAUGUACAGGGGAUGAACGAGAAAUGGCCAAAGUUGUUGCUUCAAAAUCACCACGAACUGUAACGAUGGUGUUUGAAGGUAAGGAGAAGGAGGACUUUUGGAAUGUCUUUGAUGGAGGAAAGGAGCCCUAUGCAUCCGACAAGAGAUUACAGGAAGACGCUAAUUGUGCUCAUGCUCCGAGACUGUUCCAGUUGUCGAACGCUGCUGGGCGAUUCAGCGUAGAAGAAAUCCCCGACUUUGUCCAAACGGACCUGAUAGAGGAAGACAUCAUGAUCCUGGAUGUGUGGGAUCAAAUCUACAUCUGGGUUGGGAAGGGAUCCAACAAAGAUGAGAGAGCAGAAGCAGACAGGAUGGCAAAGGAAUACCUGGCCACUGACCCAGCCGGGAGAGACACCGACACUCCAAUCUGUCGCAUCAAACAGGGAUUUGAACCACCAUCUUUUACGGGAUUCUUUGGAGUGUGGGACACCGAUCUGUGGAAUAAAGGAAAGACUUAUGAACAAAUGAAGGAAGAGCUAGGAUCUGAUGCUGUGUCAUUUUCACUUGUACAAGAUGCUGUUAAUGGAUCAGCGCCGAGUUUUAACGAGGUGUCAAAGUUCCCCUAUGAACAGCUAACAGUCGAUGUAGAAGACCUUCCACCGGGCGUAAACGCUGAAGCAAGAGAGGUGCAUUUGGAACAAGAAGAGUUCAUGAGACUGUUCAAAAUGUCAUAUGAAUCAUUCAUGAGAAAGCCAGCAUGGAAACAAGUGCAGAUUAAAAAAGAAUUAAAAUUGUUUUGAAAAUUCAUUAGGAGCUGCAUUUAACUGAUUAUCUUGAAAUAUUGUUUUAGGAUGUACAAAUAUUAAGAAGAUGUUCAAGAAUUACUUUGUCUUGAACUAUUCAUUCAUAGUAAUUGUUAAUAUGAAAAUAGUAUUUUCAUUUUUUUUUCCAAUAGAAUUUUGGUAUGAAAUGCUUAUUAAUGUACAAAUAGUUGACAUUCCUUCUUUCUCAGGCAUAAAAUUUGUACAGAAUUGACCAAAAAUUCGAAAUGCAUCAUUGAUAUUUUUAUUGACCUGUCAUACAAUUUAUUUUCUCACCUAACAAUGAUGAUUGUUGUUGUUAUGGGAUUCAUCAUUCUACCAUUGAACAUUUAUCACUGAAUUAAAGAUGUCUGUUGAUUGAAAACAGAUUUUCAGGCCUUCAGAUUUCGUGGCAACAGAGGUUUUUUUCCUGUACAGUACCAUGUUGGCAGCUUGCGUAUAAAAUCACAGAACUAAGGAUUGUUACCCAUUAUCAUGUGAAAUAAUCCCCCAUUACCACAAUUAUUGAAAAACAGUUUCUAAUCAUAGGAAAAAUUUAAUGCACAUUUGUUAUAAUUUGAUCCUAUGUUUCAGCGGCAUUUCAAUUAGUUUUGGUGAUCACUGGGAAUUGAGCUGAAAAAGUGUUUUCCAUAAAAUCGUUGGGCUUGGAUUUUAUUAGUAUUAGAAUUGUUAUUCCAAUAUCAAAUGAAAAUAGUUGAAAUGGAGAAUUUUUUUAUUUAUUUAUUAAAAAUAAAUAAUAAAAAACUGGGAGAUGCGGAACUAUUAGAUUAUUUGUUGAUAAUUAACUGAUUAUAUUUUUGACUAAGAACAGGAAUUGUCUGUACCUGUUCCAAAAUUGCUUUUAUAUAAGUUAACAUAUUUUGUAAAUCAUAUCUUACAGUUGUUAUUUUUCAUUAAACUGUUGAAAAAUGAUAGCUAAGUAAAAAGAAAUCAUGACACCACAAGAAAUAAUUGGUAGAACUGGGACAGAUUGUUCAAAUCUGGAAAAUUACUGGAUGGAAACAAAAAUGAAUGUGACAUAUUGUUCAACAAUUGAAACAAUUGGAAUAAUGUUCAAUACUUGAGUGUGUACAUUUCAUAGAUCACCCAAAAUAAAUACUAGUAAUUGAAUUAUAAAUUGUUUUACCAAACUAUUUUUUGGGGAUAUUAUGAUGCUUCACAUUUUCAUUUUGAAUUACCUCCCCCUGUAUAAACAAAAUUAGAUUAUAUGCUCUAUAUAAAGAACCAGUAUUUUGAAGCUUUAAAAAAUAUUUUAUCAGUUUUGGUGAGCUUAUGGUAUUUUGUCAUUUUAUUUCUUCAGUUAUUUGUCUCAAGGCUUCUUACUUCUGCAUAUGUUUCAGUCCUGCUUUGACAUUUUAAAGCUUUAAAUCGGCUUGAUUUUUUUUAGAGAUUUUACUUUAAUAUUGUCUUGUUCCUGUUAAAGCAGAGAUUAAGGUAGACCCCAAAAUUAUUAACAAUUUGGACAAUUUUGUCAAAAUCUGUAGCGAAAUUUAAAUUUCAUUUAGCCAAAGUGCACAAAUAGUAGUACAUUAAAAACCGGACAGUUUUAUAAUUGGGUUUUUGGCAAUGAAAUAUAUUUGUCACAUUCAAAUUAAAUUUAGAUUUCACAAUUUGGUGACUCAACAGUUUGAGAUCCUGUAUUUCCUGUUGAUAAUUGCCAAGAUAAAUACUAGGCUAAGAAAAUAAAUGGAAUGAUUUUUUUCUCUAGUUUAUUAAUUUGCAUUACCAUAAAAGUGUUCGCCACUUAGAAAUCACUAAUUAAUACCAAUUUAAUAUUUUAAAAAAAAUAUUUGACAUACAUUUUAUACUAAAAACUACUGAGGUAAAAAUAUGUGAUGGCUAUUAUCGAACCUGUCUAAAAUGCUUUGCUUAUAACAAGUAAAUGGCCAUUCUCAGGAAUCACCCACACUUGUAAGCAUUACAAGAUCCUGCAUAUAAGUACGGCUAUCUCUGAAGGUGUGUGAGGCCCAAAGCAAACAAUAUGAUGUGGUUGCUGUCACCUAAUCUUGGACUUGUGAGUGAUUUCUUAUUGUGGUGAUGAAUAAAAACAUUUACAGUGGCUCAGUGCUGAUGUUCUAAGAGCAAACCAGAGAUGCAGUUGUUCAUGUCGGCUCCGUCGUAAGGAAAGUCUUGCAAGCAAGUCUGGGUUAUAUAAAUAGUCAUUUGGUUAAACUUAUUUAUUAUAUAACAUGUAAUGUUCAGUAAUAUAUAUAUAUAUAUAUAGUUGUUAACCUUUCAGUGGAAACUGCUAUUUCAAUGUAAAUGACACUCAUCAGGUUAACGGUUUUUAUCUAAUGUUCAGUAAAAUAUCUUUUAAAAAAUGUUCAGUCAAAUAAUAGUGAAUACCUUCUCAGUAGAAACUGCUAUUUCUCUGAAAAUGAAGUCUUGUUAAAAUAACAUCAUUGGGUGGUAACAUGGUUUACAAUAUGUUAACUUAGUUAAAUAGACUAUCAAAAGGACUUUAUUGGUCAGUUUUGUGGCAUAUUCUCGUUUUUUAGUUUAGAAUAAAGUUAAAAUGAUGAUUGUUAUAUACAAAAUAUAGACAAUUUCAUGCUUUUGCUAAAAUAUUAUUGAUAUCUCAUCUCAUGAAGAUGGCAAUUUCAUAUCAUACUUGUAAUGUAAGCACUUCUUAGGACACGAUUGAUAGAAGUCGUAGUUGAAAAAAAACCCAGCAGCAUAACAAAUAUACAAAAUGACCUACAUGUAUUUAUAUGUGUAAAGAUAUGUUGUUUUAUCUCAAGAUUUAAGAGAAUGAUUUUUAUAUACAUAAAUUUGUGAUCACAAAUGAGAUAA